UACAAUAAUACCACAAAAUUCACAUUAAACAAUCGUUACGCGUUCAGAGUGGUCGAAAGCGUUAAGGAAACGGUAUAAAUUUUAAAUAUGACUUUAAACCAUCAACUAUAUACGACAUACAAAAUCCCACUGUACGCUACGGAGUAAGAAGAAGAUGAUACUUUAGAAAGAACUCAAAUGAUCGUCUGAACGCUUGGGUGUCAAUCGCAUCAAAAAUGGCUGUUUCGCAAUUGGUGGAGAAGCUAAAGUUUGGCGACAGGUACGUGUUGGUGAAUUUCGUCGUGAAGCCGGUGGAAGAUCCACCGUAUAGCGGCUCCCGGGUGGGGUUUGGAUUUGCGGAGCGAAACAAGUUUCUCUCGAGCGAAAUAUGGCAUUCGUUCGUCUACCCGAAGCUUCUUGAAAUAUUUGACCAAAAUUUGGCUUUGAUUGGUGAAAACCUUGAUCCGGCGUACGAAAAGGAUAAGGAUUAUUACUUGAAAUGUGUCGAGCGUCCCUACCUGGAAAUGAGGGUUAACAUCCGGGAUGGUUCUUAUCGCGACAGAUUGAACAUUUUGUUUCAAGAGGAGCUGAGAAAUUUACACCAAUCCUGCUUUUUUGUUGAAAUUAGAGAUCAAGGGCGUACUUUUGUGGAGAUAAUUAAGCGUCGCGACGAGUUUAUUGACAAACUGUUAGAUGAGAACAAAAGAAUGAAGGCGCAGAUCGCGGCUCAUGAAUCAGGCGCUCCGAAAGACGCUACCGGAGUAGAAGGAAACGAUCCGAAGCCAGUUAAAGAGCACGUGCCCGAGGCUCCGCCCGCCCAUCCAGCCCUUAUCAAAAGAACCUACAAACCGUCAGCCGAUAGCUCCCAACCCGGUCCUUCAUCCGCACCCGACUUUUACACAACGAAAAUUCUCGGUAAAUCUCCAACACGCCAAAACUCACCAAGCGGCUCAACCCCCGAGCAGGCGUGUAAAAUGGCAUGGCAGAAAAUGGCAGACAAACGGAAGCAGGAAGACUUGGGAGGGCCGAGCAAAACAAAAAGCCACAAGCCACAAACAACGAUCAAGAUGAAAAGGAAGAAGAAAAACCUAAAGUGCUCAAUUGCACCGACAUGCCUGAAUCGGAAAUCUUAGCCACAUUUGCCGAUUACAGGCAGGAGCUGCACGAAAUAUUUCUGAAGCACAAAGAUGAACUAGAAGAGCAGUGGAUGGCGAAUAAGGAGCUGGUCGACUAUACAGACGUUGGUCACUUGUUUAAUGAGGAUCAGAAGAUGGCCAUGAUGCAAGUACUGGAAAAUGAAUUUGUGCCAAUUGAACUAAAUGGAAAGUACACUGAAUUUUUUACCUCCAUUCUGCUGAUGGAAUGGAUUAUACGUAUUUUCAUGAAGCGGUACAAAUUUACAACUCGCCAAGAGGCCUUAAAACUUAUCAGGAAGCAGGAAGAGGAGGUCCUUGAAUACAUUGCCAGAGAUUGGUAAUAAGCCACCAUAUGUGAUCUGAUCAUGGUUCCUUAACAUUUACAUUUGUUUUACAAAUUUCUCAUUGCCAUUUUUUUUUUGUAUUUAAUAAAUACGGCAGUGCGGCCGUUUUGCUUACUUGCUUGCUACAUUACCCUUUACGCUUAUCUGCUUCCAUCAAUGCUUAUUGCUUAAAAAAAAUCAAAAUAUGAAUAACAAUUCAAUAGCAAGUAAGGAAACGACAAUGUGUGGUGUAAUUCUUUGCAUGAUUUCCCGAAUGAAAUAUACGUGAAU